AUGGACGAGCAGCUCGGCGCGCAAGCGGUCGAAGCGCUCAAUCACUUCAUCCGCACGUUUCACAUCAUGGCCAGUACGGAGAUCGCCCGCAAUCGACUCAAGAGCUCUUUGGAUGUGAUGCUGCAACAGCGACGUCGUAAAAAGCAUCGGGUCCUGGCCGACUGGAUGUUGUACGACGCGUGUCAGGGCUUUCGCGUGCAGACAUCCGAGUUGCCGAGACGCGGUGGAGGGUUGCAGGUCAAGCGCACGGUGCAGAUACAGCUGACCAAUCCGAAUCAAUCUAUCAUCAAGCGCGUCGUGGUGCUUCCAAUGGUGCCUCCACUUCCGACUACCGCUAUGUGGACGGCCCUGACCAAAAAUUACGGUGUGGAGGACGAACCGACGCGCAAAUGUCUACCCUGCUAUGAUACUACUGAUACGGGAAACGCCGUGUCAGAGCUCGAGCAAGUCAAGCAGCAAAGAUCAAGUGCAUCUGAGGAGGAGUUUACAAUCGAAUUGUGUGAAUACGUCCUAAGGAAUCUUCAGUCGACGUGGGACCUUACCCCAAGCGAUCUCACACGUGUCUCAAAAGUCAUGAUGGUGAAAGAGGAGGUGCUGGUCGAAGUCUACACGAAUCUACAUUUUACAGAAAGCCAUACAGCGAAGAAAAGACGUGGAACAGAGGCAUCGGUCGCUUUCAAUAAACGAAGCAGAAAUAUACCUGCGGACAGGGCGAAGUAUGGCCUGCUAGAUCGCGCUGAUCAGACAGUUUCGAUGAAGGAAUACUGUCAGCUCUACGAGAAAUUAGCUGAUUCAUAUCGGAGCCUUUUCUGUCGUCGGUGUUUUGUGUACGACUGUGAUUAUCAUGGCUGCACUAAGCAACCCAACCUGAGUAUCUUGGAACAAAACGCUGCCGCAUCGAAUGCGAAGGCGAAGGAGACACUGGUCAACACAGGUCGGAACUGUGGAAAUGACUGUUUUCUUGGUCAAGUGAGUCUAUCAAGCUGCAACGGUGUUGCCACGUCUCGCGCUCGCUCUGCCGGUCUUGCGUGCAGCAAACGGAUGAGCAUUCUUUGUGCACGCGCUUACACCAUAUACUCGGGCAACUUUUGUAAAAUGGCGAAGAUGGUUGGCAACACUACUUGCAUGGAAGUCGCUGAAAUAUGUGCUUACUGCAACAUCAACGACAGCAUUUUGUCGAACGAGGCUCGCUCUUUGUCCAAAAGUCGACGCUCGCGGAAGGCAAAAAAAGCGGAUGUCACUUGCUCACUUUCAAAGUACGUCUGCAUGUUCUACAAGGAUUGCACGUAUAUCGUUGUCCUGGAUACGCUGGAGUGCUUUGAGAUCAAAAGCGAUGUGGCCACGCAGAGGAACAUUUCGUAUGGCACCCGCUCAGCAUCUGCUUAG